AUGGAAAUGGUGGCGAAAAGGAUCAUUCUGUUUCCUCUCCACUACAGGGUCUUGGGUUGGAUUCCCAGGGUGUGUUUCUUCCACCUCCGCGUCCCCGAAUCUUCCACGGUGGGCUCGGCGGUGGGCAGGAUCAAAGCCCACGACUUGGACAUCGGCAGGAACGCUGAAGUGGAAUACACCAUCGUACCAGGAGACGGGGGAGCCAUUUUCGACAUCACCACCAACGAACACAACCAGGAGGGCAUCAUCAUCCUCAAGAAGAUUCCGUCACGCAGCCCCGGUCCGCAGCCCCGGUCCGCAGCCCCGGUCCGCAGCCCCGGUCCGCAGCCCCGGUCCGCAGCCCCGGUCCGCAGCCCCGGUCCGCAGCCCCGGUCCGCAGCCGUACAGUCCGAUGCCCCGUAUGAAACACAGAACCCGCAUCAGAGAGCUCCUUUCUCGGUCGUUUCUGGUGUGCGGGCGCCGUGUGGCCAGAUGCUGUUUACGGCUCUGUUUCUUCUGCUCAAAGUGUGA